CCCAUCCCUCCUUCCCACGCCCACAGUAGUGUCCUCGGUCUGCUGCUGUCCGGCCCUCGGCCUCGCAUAGCGGAAGAAGCCGCAGUGGGCCGCUCUGGCCACCUGGAGGACUUGUCAUCUUUGUCCGGCGGCGCUGGGCGAUGCUGGGCGGCAACGAGGCGGUCUGACGUAAGAUACGUGAGGCGUGUGGAGUGAUCCAGACGCUCUGUACCCGCCUGCUGGAGCCUCCUGAGUGGUGGGGCGCUGGGACUGUCGGAGAUGUGGAGCCUCAAGUCGAGAUUUAAUUCAUUCAAAAGAACUCAUAUCAUACUGCAGCAUUUGGGAAUGUCCAAACACACAAAUGCAGCAGAUGAGGUACUAUUGGAAAGAAAAGGUUGUGCAGGAGUGAUCACACUAAACAGACCCAAGUUCCUAAAUGCACUGAAUUUUACUAUGCUUCGGCAGAUUUAUCUACAGUUAAAGACGUGGGAACAAGAUCCUGAAACUUUCCUGAUCAUUAUAAAGGGAGCUGGAGAAAAGGCUUUUUGUGCUGGUGGUGAUAUCAUAGAGGUCUCAGAAGCUGGAAAGGCAAAACAGAAGCUAGCUCAAGAUUUCUUCAGGGAAGAAUACAUCAUGAACAGUGCCAUUGAUUCUUGCCGGAAACCGUAUGUUGCACUUAUUCAUGGAAUUACGAUGGGUGGAGGAGUUGGUCUCUCAGUUCAUGGACAGUUCCGAGUGGCUACUGAAAAGACUGUCUUUGCAAUGCCAGAAACAGCAAUUGGGCUAUUCCCUGAUGUGGGCGGAGGUUAUUUCUUGCCACGGCUUCAAGGAAAACUUGGUUACUUCCUUGCGUUAACAGGAUUCAGACUAAAAGGGAGAGAUGUGCACAAAGCAGGAAUUGCUACACACUUUGUAGACUCUGAAACGUUGGGCAUGUUGGAGGAAGAUUUGUUAGCCCUAAAAUCUCCUUCCAGAGAAAAUAUUGCAGAUGUCUUAGAAAUUUACCAUACAAAGUCCAAGAUCGAUCAAGACAAGUCUUUCAUACUGGAGGAACACAUGGGUAAAAUAAACAGUUUGUUUUCAGCCAAUACGAUGGAACAGAUUAUUGAGAAUUUACAACAGGAUGGUUCACCUUUUGCUCUAGAGCAGUUAAAGGGAGGUCAUGAUUUUCAUGAAGGUGUUAGAGCAGUUUUAAUAGAUAAAGACCAGAGUCCGAAGUGGAAACCAGCUGAUCUAAAAGAAGUUACUGAUGAAGAUGUGAAUAAUUACUUUAAAUCUCUGGGAAGCAAUGAUCUGAUAUUUUGAGGUGACUAUGCUUUUAAGCUGUUAUUUUGGAGCAAGGGAUGGCAAACUGUGGCCCAUGGGCCAAAUCUGGCCUGUUCUUUUACAGCCUGUAAGCUAAGAAUUUUUAAGCUAAGAAUGGUUUCUAGAUUUUUAAAUGGUUGAGGAAAAAAAAAAAGAUUUAUUCCAUGCCACAUGAAAAUUAUGUGGAAUUCAAAUUUCAGUGUCCAUAAAUCAUUUUAUUGGAACAUAGCUGUUACCUUUUGUUUACACAUUACCUGCGGCUGCCUUUGUACUACAGCGGCAGAGUUGAGUAGUUGCCCCGCAAAACCUAAAAUACCUGGCCCUUUUCAGAAAAAGUUUGCCAACCCGCUUUAGAAGACAGGAAAAUUUGAAGGCCUUUAGAGAUUCUCUCAAAUUAGUACAUCUAACUGAAACGGGAACUUUUGUGUUUUGGCUUUGAACAGUGGCUUACAUGUUUAUUAAAUAAACUUACAUGUAGAUUAUAAAAAAUAACUGAAAAAUUUUUGGAUACUUUGUUAAUACUUCAUGGAAUUUUCUCUACAUUUAAAAAGUUUUUAUAAAGUUACCUCUUUAGUGGUAUUCUGAGCUUCUCCCUUCCCUAAUCAAAAUCCCACCCUACAGGAAAACACUGUUCCUUUUUAUUUACAGUUUUUGCUAAUUUGGCAAAUGAAGGAUUAAGAAACGCCAAUCUUUAAGACAGGACAGGAACAGGUUGGCACGAUGAUUAAAGCAUUGACUGCCAACCGAAAGGUCAGUGGUAUGAAACCACCAGUGGCUUCACUGGAGAAAGAUGUAGCAGCCUGCUUCUGUAACGAUUUACAGCCUUGGAAACCCUGUGGGGUCGCUAUGAGUUGGAAUCUGCUUAAUGGCAGUGGGGUAAGACAGGUACACUGUAUUUUUUGCAAUUUAUAUCAAACUUGUUUGUGUUAUGAUAAUUGUCCUUAUAGAAGGUUCAAAUCAAAAGAAAAAAAUAACUGGAAAUAAGACUUUUGUUUUAAAUAUAAAUGUCUUCAAUAAUUUGUACUGGCAAAACAAUAUAUGUUUUUUAAUGUACACAGGGUACUAUAAAGUGUUCUAGACUCCAAAACCUUAGAUAGCUAAAGGAUAAGUUUUUAAUUAAAGGUCAGCUGAUCAUUUAUUUUGUAAUUUGGUAUAGUUUCUCCUUUAUCCCAAAAUACUUUAAAUACAUAAGAGAACUUCAGGUUUGUAAGAACAUAAAGCAACAGAACUGCAAAGGACAUGAAAGACUAUUCUUCACCCUGCUCAUAGGUGAAGAAAUUGUAGUUCAAAAGGUAUUGCUAUUUCUUAGUUCUUGAUUUGAAAUGAAGCAUUUUUCAUCCAGAAGAUUCAGAGAGCAGAUUAGAAUAAGGAUGCCAUGAUGAUGGACACGUUUGCAUUUAUAUUUUUACAGCACCUAAAUUGGACCUGAAUGAUCCCAAGAAAUUAUUUGUAUAAACUUUUGUUCACUUUUAUAUUUAAGAAUGAAGAAAAUGGUGAAAUCUUUUAUGUUGUUAAAAAAUUUGAAAGUAUGGAAGGUUGAAAAGCAUUUGCUUACUUGAAAUAAGAACUCAGAGCUAGUUAAUUGCAACUGGAUUUUAUUGUACAGUUACAAAAAAUGUUUUCACAAAAAUAUCUGGAAAAAAAUAGACCAUUUCAUAGCUAAGUCAUACAGGGAAGAGAAUUUGCUCACAAAACUUGAGUUUUGCAAACUAAGAUGCAAUUAGUGCUUUUGAGCCAGUGCCCACAGCUCCAAGGAAGACAUAGUCACACAAAUACAGUGUGAGGACAUGAUAUUCUUUAGAACUUUGUUUCUAAAGUACCGUUUCUUAGUGCUUUUGAGCCAGUGCCCACAGCUCCAAGGAAGACAUAGUCACACAAAUACAGUGUGAGGACAUGAUAUUCUUUAGAACUUUGUUUCUAAAGUACUGUUUCUUAACACUAUAAAGUGCCCCAACUUGAUUUCUAAACCUAUGUAAUACCAAAGUUGCCCCAUCUCAUAAAAUAUCAAUGAUAAUGAGUAGAAUAUAUGAAUAUCAUCCUACUUCAUUCAUUCAUCUAUUUUUAAUAAGGCAAUUUGACACAAAUUAUUCCUCUGGGGUGAAGAUGGGAAUCAUUUUUGUUCCUUUAAAUUGUGCUUUAAGUGCUAAUAGCCAUAGGUAGUUUGCAAAGAA